AUGCGUGAAACCGAUGUAAAGCUCGACGGUCACGAGGACCGUAUCCUCUGGCGAAGAUUGUUCACCUCUGGGAUCUUUAGAACAGAAUUCCAUCGACACUACUGGGUCAUUGAUGCUCUCGAUGAGUGUGCAAACCUGUCAUCUUUCUUCGAAAUUGUGCUUGGCCAGCUUGAUCCCUCAGUCCCGCUGAGAAUUCUGGUCACAAGCCGACAAACGUCGGACAUCGAAAGGUGUAUUACAAUGUUAGCACAUAACCAAGUCCGAGCGGAGCUUAUCUCAACUGCGGACAUGAAGAAUGAUCUUGAAUCGCUUGUUCGAACGAAAGCCAGUACCCUGAUUGUCAGAACCGAGGCUGAUCGUGCUGCUCUGGCGGAAAGAAUUUUAGCGAAGUCUCAAGGAUCUUGGCUUUGGACUGUCUUGGUUCUCAAUGAGUUGUCUGACUCACAUUCGGAAGAGGAGAUUCGCCAGGUCCUCGCGGAAGCGCCCAAGKACAUGGAAGAACUUUACUUGAGAACACUAGAUUUGAUGUCACGAACUACACGAGGCAAGAGGCUGAUUAAGGCUAUCCUUGCCUGGGCUACAACUGCAACGCGGCAACUAACUGUGGAGGAGCUUGAAGAAGCUUUGAAACUAGAUAUCAACGAUACAUUCCCUAGAUUGCGGGAAAGCAUAAGUGCACUGUGUGGGCAGCUGGUUGCUAUUGAUAAGUUUGACAGAGUCCAGAUGGUGCAUGAAACUGCUAGGGAGUUUCUAUUGAACAACAGUUUGAAUUCAGAGUUCGCGAUUGAUAAGGCCGAUGCUCAUACGCGUAUCGCAAGAGCUUGCCUUACGUACCUUGCAGGGGAGGAGAUGAGGCCACCGAGGACCAAAAGGCGAGCCAUUUCAAGGACCCCAGCAGAAAAACGAAGCGAGUUCUCUAGCUACGCUUCCUUACAAUUCUCUUAUCACCUAACGAAGGCCAAUCCACUAGCAGACGACCUUCUGACUUUACUUGACAAGUUCCUGAAAACCAACAUCUUUUCAUGGAUCGAAGUUAUCGCUAGAAGUAAGAACCUCAUGCCACUCAUCCGCACUGCGAGGAACCUGAAAAUAUAUCUGAAUGCCUGCUCCGGCCAGCGGUCACCGCUCGCGACUGAAUUACAAAGGGUGAGAGGUUGGAUAACGGACUUGAUCAGAAUUGCCGCGAAGUUCUCAGAUCCUCUCAUCAGCCUACCGUCGGCGAUAUACUCGCUGAUACCCCAAUUCUGUCCCUUAGAAUCGACAGUGCACAAGACUGCAGGCCCCGGGCGAAAGAUCUCUGUUAUUGGAAUGUCGAACGCUUUGUGGGACGAUCGACUCUCUUGCAUUGAUUUCCAUCAAGGCCAAACUAGCGCACUCUGCCACGGACACGAGUUUUUUGCGGUAGGGUUGAGUACCGGUCAAAUAUUCAUGUACUACGUGACGACUUGUCAGGAAUACAAGAAGCUUGAUCAUGGAGAGGCGGUCCAGUUCCUGCAGUUCGGAACCAAGGCGGACUUACUCGCCUCGUGUGGAUUGAAGAAGGUUUUGGUAUGGGACGUUCGGAACGGUCAUAUCCUUUACAGUUUCGAAGUGACGGCUAGACCUAUAGGACUUACAUUCGACGGAGAUUCCCUGGUUAUUCCAACGUAUAAAAAUUACUUGGCGUCUUGGGACCUGAACAACAAUGGUGCUAGACAACCGGACAGGCCGUGGAAUGACACAGGCGAUGACAACUGCGCGCGGUCGAGGCGAGUUCCAAGUGCGAUCUCGAUCUCCUUCGGACAUAGAAUGCUCGCAGUCGCAUAUAGUGGGCGGCCGAUUGCUCUCUGGGACCUCGAAGAGGAUGCUUAUUAUGGUUCUUGCGGCAAAAAACUUUCCGAUGGUGGGACGAGCACGCAUUUGGUGACAGCCCUGGUAUUCAACCCCAACCCGGCUAUUGGUCUGCUUGUUGCAUCAUACCUUGAUGGUGAACUUGUUCUUCUCAAUCCAUUUGACGAUCAAAUUCUGGAAAGUCAUCGCGCGAAUUGCCACACGCUCGCAUCCAGUCCAGACGGACGCCUGCUUGCAGGAAGUGCUGGAUUCGGAGCAAUUCAGAUAUACGAAUUCGAUACUCUCACGUUGCUCUACCGAGUCCAAGCAUCUAGUCUCCACAUAAAACAGCUGUCUUUCAGCAUCGAUAGCCUGCACUGUGUCGAUAUUAGAGGAUCGCAAUGCAAUGUUUGGGAGCCGCCGAUGCUCCUUCGGAGUUCAGUCGGUGACGAUACGAGCGAAAACUCGUCGCAAUCGUUUGUAGAAGCGGUUGCCACGGACACUAAGGUCAAGAUCAGCGCCAUUGCAGUGAACAGUGACAGAGAUGUUGUCCUAUGCGGCCGCGAUGAUGGGUCUGUUUCAUUGUACGACGCAAGAACCGGGUCUAGGAAGCUUGAAAUCUGCCGUCACAACUCACCAGUUCGCAUCUUGGAAUGGUGGAGUCAACAUGACCUAGCUAUCAGCAUUGAUGUAUCAAACAAGAUACUUGCCUGGAAUGUGAGGAAGUCGGCGCAAGGCGAAUGGAUUGCCGAGAGAAUGGCAUUUCAGUCCCGACUAGAGUCUGGCAGUUCCAUCAUUCAAUUGCUCACGUCGAAAGCAAUUAGCAAGUUCCUCAUAUCAACACGUGAAUCAGAUCACCUGUGGCAAGUUGAUGGCCACGAGGAGAGUUCACGAAUAUACACCGAUAGGCUAGGCGUGCGAAAAUGGGUGCAGCAUCCACGCUCAGCACAUCACGCAAUUUGCUUUGAAAGUACAGCUGUCCGAGUGUAUACUUGGGAUAAGUGGUUACAGGUUCUAUCUGUGUCACUUGACAUCAGUGUGCGGGAGCUGGAGUUUAAGAGCAUCAAACAAUUUGCGUUCCAUAGUGCAAAGGGUGUUCUCAUUGAGCUCUCCGAAUCAGGCGGCCCAGCGAAGACUCAAAACCUAUAUCUUCUGGACGCACAAUCCUUCGAAGCCAAUAAUAAAGACAACGUCAAGGAAGUCGUCGCAGUAUCACCAGGGUUAGACGACAAUCUAGCACCAUUAUCGAUAGUCGAAGGUCAAGGCGUGCAAGAAGGUGAGUCUCUGGUUUCACCAGUGGAGCCAAGGCUCGCCCUUCUUUCUCAGAGGGUCGCACACGUUAUUGGAAUCUGCGAAUCCAGUAGACUGGUCUUCCUCGACACCGGCUCCUGGGUAUGUUCUGUGAGACUGGAAAAUCAAACACCUGAUAUAACAUCGUACAGCAGACAUUUUUUCAUCCCGUACGACUGGGUCGCCGGGUGGCGGGACGUAAUUUGCGCCGUGCUUCGGCGGGAUAUCCUCUUUGCACGCAACGACGAUCUCGUUAUUAUCAGGGGUGGAUUCGAUUUUACGGCAGAGAUUCACCUGCAGGAGUAG